AUGUAUCUCGGGCUUAUCGUCCCUGCCUACGGCUAUGCAUACUUUGCGCCGUCCAUCAUCCAGGGCCUCGGCCACACAAGCAUCCGCACGCAGCUGCUCUCCGUCCCACCCUGGGCGUGCGCCUUCGUGAUGUCCAUGCUUGUCGCGAUCGCGUCCGACUUCUUCCGGCACCGCUUUGUCUUCGGCCUCUUGCCCAUCGCCAUCGCCAUGGCGGGCUUCAUCACCCUGCUCGUCGUGCAUAAUCAUACGAAGACGCAAUACGCUGCGCUCUUCCUGGCCGUGAUGGGCGCGUACUCGGCGAUGCCCAUCCUCGUCUGUUGGUUCAACACGAAUUUGGGAGGACACCAGCGGAGAGCGGUCGGGACGGCGUGGCAGGUCGGCUUUGGCAACAUCGGCGGCAUCAUCGCCGUCUACGCUUUCGUCGCGAAGGACGCACCCCGUUACACCAAGGGCUACAGCAUCUGCCUCGCGUUCAUCUGCGUCUCCCUCAUCGCCAACUGUGUCUACCUCUUCGCGGUCGUGCACGAGAACCACAGGCGCGACGCGGGGCAGGCUAAGGCGGACGCGACGUUCACGCAGGACGAGAAGGCGCACAUGGGCGACCUCAAUCCGGAUUAUCGGUAUUUGUUGUAG